AUGUUUCAAAUCAUUUUAGCAUAUCUCGUUAUCUUCUAUCAACUUUCAACAGCAUUUUCAACCAAUUUUGGCCAAUAUGAUUUGGUAGCGAAAGAAAACAAUGAUGGAACAACACGAUUUUUUAUUGUUAGUGAUUGGGGUGGUUUACCAAUAUCGCCAUUUGAUACACCAUCUGAAGUUGCUGUAGCUGAUGCAAUGGGUAAAUUAGGUGUAAAAUUAAAUACAACUUUUCGAUUGGCAUUAGGUGACAACUUUUAUUAUGAUGGUAUUCGAGCUGUUAAUAAUUCAAGAUUUCAAAAUACUUUUGAACAUGUAUUUUCAGUGACAUCAUUACAAACUUCUUGGUAUGUUUUAGCCGGCAAUCAUGCUCAUAGAGGAAAUGUUUCAGCAGAAAUUGAAUAUGGAAAAACAUCAAAACGGUGUGAUAAACAAACGAAAUUAAUUGAUUUUGUCAUGAUUGAUACUGUUGUAUUUUGUGGAGGUGGAGGUUUAUCAGAUUGGGAUCAUACUCCAUUGGAAGGUCCAAAAAAUCAAUAUGUUGCCGAAGCUUAUUGGCAAUGGAUUGAAGAACAACUUCAUCAAUCGACAGUUCCAUAUUUGCUUGUCAAUGGUGAUUAUCCAGUAUAUUCAAUAGCUGAACAUGGUCCAACUAGAUGCUUGAUUGAUCGACUUCAUCCAUUACUUCAUCAAUAUCAUGUAACAGCAUAUAUCUGUGGACAUGAUCACAAUCUGCAACAUUUGACGAAUGAUAUGGAUGAAGUACAUAUGAAUUAUUUUGUUGUAGGAGCAGCUAAUUUCAUAGAUUCAAGUCAAGAACAUGCUAAAGAUGUACCAGCUGAUUCACUCAAAUUUUUUUGGGCAGGUUCAUCAGUUUAUGGUGGAUUUGCUUCGAUGGAACACAACCCUACACAUUUAAGUUUAUCUUUUAUUGAUCAUUCUAAACAAAUAUUAUAUCAAGCAAUUAUGACACCUCAUUUCUAA